UAAUCACCACACAAUAAAUCAUCUUUUAAAUAGUUUUUAAUAAUAUAGAGCUUUGUUUUAAAAUGUCAGAAAAUCUAAAAAUAUUCAGUUUACAAAAGAUACGAAAUGGAGAAGUGAUGAUUGACAGCUUUGCUACGUCGGCGUCAGCGAUCCGGUUGGUUGAGAGGUUUUCGGGAUCAGGUGGGGCUCGUUUUUCUUCUUCUGGUCUUUUGUGUUUGUGACCCCUCCUGUGAUCCAUUUCCCAUCAUGCUUAGCUGUAGUCUGGCGUCCAUCAGCGUUUACUUUUAUCUGACGCAUGUCUUUAAUUCACUCUUUUCCUCAGGAGGUGAUACAAGGAGUUGCUCAGACAUGGAGCAAAGAGGAAGAGGAGGAGGAAGAAGAGGAGGAAGAGGAGGAGGAAGAGGAGAAAGAGGAGGAAGAAGAGGAGGAAGAGGAAGAAGAGGAUGAGGAUACGUCGGAUGAUCAGAGUUUGGACGAGUCGCCAGAGAAGCCGACGGAGGAGACUCGGAGCGCCGAGCCUGAGGAGCCGAAAGAGGAAUCCCAGCCUGACGGAGAGCGGCCCGCCGCCGCCGCAGAAGAAGAAGAAGAAGAGACAGGCGACGGCACCAAACCGGCCAAUGGGACGGCGGACGGAAACUCCAGGAGCCAAUCAGGCUCCAACAAAAAGCGGUUCCUCUUCAGACGGCUGUCCUUCACCAGGUCCAAGCAGAGCAACCACAGGGACCGGGCCCCAGGGGGGGGCGCCGUCACCGGGGAGGGGGCCGCCAUCACCGGGGCCACCACAGCCGGCGUACACAGAGAGCCUCCCUCCACGCCGGCUGCUGCUGGGAGCAGCGAGCCAGAGACCAACAGGGGCGGAGCCCAGCAGAGGUCCUUAACCUCUGGGACCUGCACCCUGCUGUGAUCACAGCAACCAAGCUCUUAUUUUGAAAAGCCAGACCAAAGUGGGAAGUGGUUUAAAUGAACGCUAUAAAGGAACACUUAAGGGGAAUAUAUCUCUUUAUUUUUUUUACAAAAGAGCACGACCCUCCAUAGAAACCAGUCCGGUAGAUUCUCCAUCACUCCAUUGAUUAUCUGUUCACAAGUGAGCUCUAGCUGAGCCUCCUCCUCCACCUCUUCCUCCUCCUCCGUGUGUGUGUG